GUUUUCUACUAUCCUCGCAGUGAUUGUUAUAGUGCACAUUUUUCUACCCCAGUCAGUACACACUGCACUAUCACAGCUACGCUGAAUGAGGUCCCGGUCUAACUACAAUAUUAACCCUGCAAAUCUGCUCAUUUUCUCCUGAGUACCCUGAGGCAGGAUAUGCAGUAGAAUGUGUCCAAUUGAAAAACUAUUACAGACUUGGUGGCACUGCAGAGUGCUAAAUUGUAACAGGGCUGUGUUUUUCAGACAAAAAAAAUUCUCGUAAGAGAGGUAACGCAGUGCAUUUCCUGCAUUAUGGACUUGUUUUUAAAUUUUAAUCUCAGUCUCUCUAGUUGCUUUUAAAAUCAUGUGCUUUUUUAAGUACGUAAUAAAUGUAUUUCAUCCCUGAUGUGGCUAUUCAUUAUCUCAUUUAUUUCCAGUUUGUAUCAUUCUUGCAUUCUUUCUCAGCUCUCCAACUAUACAUAUAUAUUUUUAUUAGGUUUUUUCUUAAUACUUGUAAUCAAGUCUCCAAUGAUCAGUAACAUCUUGGGUGUUGAUUAUGCCAUACCAGAUUUAUAGUAGAUACUAGGGUUUAGUGUAGCGUGGGUAUCUAGUAUCUUGUCUGGACCUGUUUGAGUUGUGCCCCAAAGUAGAUCCUCAAGCAGUUCCUGUUGGUAAGACUGAUAUCCUGCAAAUUUAUAUUAUUUUUUUGCAUAACAUACCUGUUAACCAGAGUUUCUCCAAUCUCUUUACCUUUUAUUCAUUUUGACCCAAACUCACUAUUUUUUGUGUAGAAGAGAAAAUUAGUUAAAUGCCUUUAUGAUUCUACAGAUGCCUCGUGUCAAAGUUUACUUGAAUGUUAUUGUGCAAUAGUGGCCCAUGAAUUAUUCCACCUCAGCACAUACCUAGUUCAUGCUGCCUAAUCUUUGUUUCAAGAGCAAUGAAAAAUGUAGAAAUGAUGUUUAAACAGAAAAAAAACUUCACUAACCCCGUGAUUGUUGCACAUACUUCCAAAGACUUGUUAUUGAAUGCUGUGGUGAGGCAUUUACAGGAGAUCAAUUACCUCCUGCAAUUAGAAGGCAAAAUAUGUUUCCAUGAGCAGUUACCUGAUUUUGUUUUUUUGUUUUGUUUUUGUUUUUGCUUUGCUUACUUGUUUAAAUUAAAAAUCCGAAAAUUCAUGAAGUCUUCUAGUUUUUGGUGCAUAUUUGCAGGAUCACACUUGUAUAUUCCUUUUCUUUAGGUAGAAAGUGCAACUGUCUCAAAACAAAUCUUGAGCAUGUUUGUAUGUUAAUCCCAGAUAUUUGAAAACAGCUUGCCUCACUGGCUUCUGCAAAUCACUUUGCCCUGCCCCACCCUACUUUGUGCAUAGAUUAAGUGUGUGCUACUUACUGGCAUUACAUCCAUUCUUGCGUGAAUAAAAGUUUUUUGUUUCUUUAGCAAGCAUCUGCUGCUUUUCUACUUUGCUUGCUUUCACUAGGAAGCUACCCAGAACUGUAGCCUGCGUGGGGCGCACAGGGGCAUCUGUCACUAUCUGUAUAAUUUUUAAAUGGAAAAUGUCUUUCUCAAAGGCUGUCGAUGCCCAGUGUUCUACAGUACAUGAACAGUUGGCUAGUCCAGGUGUUUCCUCUUCUGUUUUCGUGAUAUGUGAAUUGGAAAUUCAAGAGAAGACUUUGCAGAAUGGAAGAGCUAAGGGACAGUCGGCCCAAUAUGUCAAGGCCCCUGAUCACUAGAUCGCCUGCAUCUCCAUUGAACAAUCAAGGCAUCCCCACUCCAGCACAACUCACAAAAUCCAAUGCACCAGUUCAUAUUGACGUGGGUGGGCACAUGUAUACCAGCAGCUUGGCCACACUUACUAAAUAUCCUGACUCAAGAAUUGGAAGGCUUUUUGAUGGCACGGAGCCUAUUGUUUUGGACAGUCUCAAGCAGCAUUAUUUCAUCGACAGAGAUGGGCAAAUGUUCAGAUAUAUCUUGAAUUUCCUACGAACAUCAAAACUCCUCAUCCCUGAUGAUUUCAAGGACUACAGUUUGUUAUACGAAGAGGCAAAGUAUUUUCAGCUUCAGCCCAUGCUGGGUGAAAUGGAAAGGUGGAAACAGGAUCGGGAGACUGGCCGUUUUUCAAGGUCUUGUGAGUGCUUGGUGGUACGUGUAGCUCCGGAUCUUGGAGAGAGGAUUACACUGAGUGGGGAUAAAUCCUUGAUAGAAGAAGUUUUUCCAGAAAUUGGUGAUGUCAUGUGUAAUUCUGUCAAUGCCGGCUGGAAUCACGACUCCACACAUGUCAUCAGAUUUCCACUAAAUGGAUACUGUCACCUCAACUCUGUUCAGGUACUUGAGAGGUUGCAGCAAAGAGGAUUCGAGAUUAUUGGCUCGUGCGGAGGAGGGGUGGACUCUUCCCAAUUCAGUGAAUACGUACUGAGGCGAGAACUUAGAAGGACGUCUCGUGCACCCUCUGUCAUUCGAAUAAAGCAAGAGCCUCUGGACUAAAUGGACAUGUUUCUUUAUGCAAAAAAAUAUAAAAAAGGGGACGUUUCAUGUGCAGUUUGGACACCAAACAAGUCCUGGAACUAAAAUUGAAUAAAGACACAUUUAUAUCAAAUAUA